AUGGAAAGCGAGCGCCAAGGAUCCGGAGGUGUGGUUCAACAAGGUCGAGGACGGGGCGGCAUGGUUCAUGAGGAAAUGGCACAGGCAGGAGGCGGAAGCGUCCGCGAAGCGCCAGCGCGCGAGGGAAGCAGAAGCAGAGAGUACGGCCAUCUCAGGACCGAAGAGAAAGAGAGCCGGGGAAGCGGCGGUGGGGAGGAAGGAAACGGCGACCGGGCACUGCUGUAGAAGCGAGUAGGGAGACCAAGACAGCACUUGUGGCGAACUUUGUACCCGGUUGAUGUUGUUGCGCCCUGUUUCCCUCCCUGCUGUGUGCUAUACUCCUUUAUGUAUGUCCUUUGUAUUGCCUUCGGCCUCUGUGCUGUGUUUCUUUUUUCAUAACCUCCCUGCCUACUCUGCUGUGUUGGGUACCUUGAUCUCGCUUUGCUGUUGCCUUUGUUUUUGUACGUCUGGCUGUCUGCCCAUCUGCCGCCUCUUUGUCCUGUUUGCUCCGUUACUCCCAUGCCCUGGUGCGUAGUGCCUGGUGCUGGUACGUUACCCUUUGAUUUUUUCUUUGGGCGGGUGUGGGAAGCGUCCUCCUUUAUUUUUGUUUUUGUUUUAUUUUGAUCGGUUUCCGAGGGCUCUUUUCUCGAACGGUCGGUGCUAUACCUGUUCUUU